AUGCCGGGAGGUGCCGCUGCCACAGGGCUCUCAAAGUCCGAAAGAGCCAAACAGGGGAAUAGAGGAGGGGUGUUGGGGUUGGUGUGUAUGGGUGCAUUUUUGGUUCCCGAAGGCGUCAGCUGUGCUGACACGCAAGGUGGGAAUCUACCAUCGUGGAUUCUAUUGGAUCAGCCUUCUGUUGGCCUCAAUGUACCUGAUCAGCCAGAGGAGACCUUCGCUGCAGAUGUCAGUGAGCAGCAGGCGCUAGCGAUAGGCAGUGUGAUCAAGCCGCAUGCCAGCCUCGCCUUUUUCUCAGCCCAGCCCUCCCCUGCCUGGGUGGACCCCGCAUUUACCGGGAGGCUGGCAUAUGUUGUGACCACCGACGAUUUGGCAGUUCCCAAGGUCGCCCAGUACGGCAUGAUAUGGGGCACAGGUCAGCAAUGGCAUGUGCGGGAAAUCGAGAGCAGCCAUUGCGCGCCGUUCAUCACCAAAGUGGCGGAAAGUGUGGAGAUCUUGCAGGACUUUAUUUGUACAUUUGAGACCCUUUGA